UUGUGCAUCCAUAAUCUCGUCCCUGCAUUUCCCACCACCGCACGACUUACGCCGCGCCGAAACGUGCAUUGAGCGACUAGACACUACCGCCAUCGGCUGGCUUCCCAACUCACGGAAUCCAUCACGAUGGAUCUCCUUCGUCGAGCUGGGAAGUUCAUACCCCGGGGGAGCCCCCCACAACUUCCCUUAUCAGACGAAAAGGGCAAGCCGCGGUCAAGAAGGACGCUGGCAUCACACCUGGCUUACCUCAGAAAGCCGCUGAGGUUAAGAGGCAACUCGACCAUCUCGGUGCCGUUAGGGGUUGUUGUCCUUUUUCCCUGCAUUGUUGUCAUCCUUAUUCUGGUGCUGUUUGUUAGACAUCCCAAUUCUCCGGGAAGAAUCUUGAUGCCGGCUGGGGCGCCGCCAGCGAUAAGGAAAAUCAGCGAAAAACACGACAAGGUGUUUGUGGAAGGCUGCCUCCAACCAGACACCAGCCAGCCCCGUGCCAAUGCCGCAUUUGUGGUGCUUGCGAGGAAUAAAGAGUUGGAGGGCGUGAUCCAGUCCAUCAAGUCGAUCGAGCGCCAUUUCAACCGGUGGUAUCAUUACCCCUAUGUCUUCCUCAACGAUGGCGACUUCAACUCGACCUUCAAGGAGACGGUCAGGAACUAUACAUCGAGCUCUGUCGAGUUUGGCAAGGUGGGACCGGACAUGUGGGGGUAUCCCGACUGGGUCGAUCCCAAGGUUGCCAAGGAGGGCAUCAACAAGCAGGGAGACAAUGCAAUCAUGUACGGCGGCUUGGAAAGCUACCACUUCAUGUGCCGCUUUUACUCGGGCUUCUUUUACAAGCACCCGCUCCUGGCAAACUACGAUUGGUACUGGCGUCUGGAGCCCGAGAUCUCCUACUUCUGCGACAUUACUUACGAUCCCUUCCUCAAGAUGAUUGAGCACAACAAGACCUAUGGCUUCACCAUUGCCGUCAAGGAGCUGCGCGAGACCGUCCCCAACAUCUUUCGCUACGCUUCGGCCUACAAGCGCCUCAACAACCUGACGUCCCAGGGUUUAUGGGAAAUGUUUGUCGAGCCACAGCCCGAGAAAAACCCCAACGAGGAGCAGAAGCAGAGCGACCCCGGUCGCCUGCCAGACAUCGACCCCGAGGCCAUGGAGGGCGAGAAAUACAACAUGUGCCACUUCUGGUCCAACUUUGAGAUUGCCCGCCUCGACUUUUUCCGUAGCAAGCAAUACGAGGAUUUUUUCCAGAUGAUGGACCGCAGCGGCGGCUUCUGGAUGGAACGGUGGGGCGACGCACCAAUCCACUCCCUCGCAGCCGGCGCCCUUCUCGCGCCGCGCGACAUUCACUACUUCCGCGAUUUUGGCUACCGGCACACAACGAUCCAGCACUGCCCGGCCAACGCCCCCGCGCGCCAGCUGCCCCGCGAGCCCUACCUCGAGAUGACGACCCUCGACGAGCGCAAGCGCAUUGAAGAAGACAAGUACUGGGACGAGUUCGACCCGCCUAAAGAGAACGGCGUCGGCUGCCGCUGCCGGUGUGACACUGACAUUGUUGAUGUGGAGGGUAAAGAGGGCAGUUGUCUGGCGGAGUGGGUGGAUGUCGCCGGUGGUUGGGCUAGUCCUUGAACAGAUGAAAUGGUGCUUGCUGCAGGGCAGGGCAGGGCAGUGACAGGGCAAGACAUGACAUGACAUGGUAACCUGGAAUGGCACAUGGCACAUGGCAUGGCACGGCGUAGAGCUAGCAUUAUUUUUUUGGACUCUUCUUCUGUCUGAUUCUUCUUCUCUUGGUUAAUUGGUCUAAUGCCUUGCCUGCUG